AAGGUUAGAUCCUCGUUUUCAUCGAUCAGUCCUUCCCUUUCUCUUCGCUUUCCUGUAAAACCAAAGCCUCCCCAUUUUUCUCUUCUUCCUGAGCUGUAAGGCAACUCUUGUUUCUUUCUGUGUUCCCAAUCUUUAAGUGGCUGAUUAAUUUGAUGGCUUCCACAAUGUUCUCUCUAGCUUCUGCCGCUCCAUCAGCUUCAUUUUCCUUGCAAGAUAAUCUCAAGUCAAAGCUAAAGCUGGGGACUACUAGCCAAAGUGCCUUUUUCGGGAAAGACUUCGCGAAGGCAAAGUCAAAUGGUCGGACUACUAUGGCUGUUUCUGUGAACGUCUCUCGAUUUGAGGGAAUAACAAUGGCUCCUCCUGACCCCAUUCUUGGAGUUUCUGAAGCAUUCAAGGCUGAUACAAAUGAACUGAAGCUUAACCUUGGAGUUGGAGCUUACCGCACAGAAGAUCUUCAACCCUAUGUCCUCAAUGUUGUUAAAAAAGCAGAAAACCUUAUGCUAGAGAGAGGUGACAACAAAGAGUAUCUUCCAAUAGAAGGUUUGGCUGCAUUCAACAAAGUCACAGCAGAGUUAUUGUUUGGAGCAGAUAAUCCAGUGAUUCAGCAACAAAGGGUGGCUACUAUUCAAGGUCUAUCAGGAACUGGGUCAUUGCGUAUUGCUGCAGCACUGAUAGAGCGUUACUUCCCUGGCUCUAAGGUUUUGAUAUCAUCUCCAACCUGGGGAAAUCAUAAGAACAUUUUCAAUGAUGCCAGGGUGCCUUGGUCUGAAUAUCGAUAUUAUGAUCCCAAAACAGUUGGUCUAGAUUUUGCUGGGAUGAUAGAAGAUAUAAAGGCUGCUCCUGAAGGAUCAUUCAUCUUGCUCCAUGGCUGUGCACACAACCCAACUGGUAUUGAUCCCACAAUUGAACAAUGGGAAAAGAUUGCUGAUGUAAUUCAGGAGAAGAACCACAUUCCAUUUUUUGAUGUUGCCUACCAGGGAUUCGCAAGCGGCAGCCUUGAUGAAGAUGCCUCAUCUGUGAGAUUGUUUGCUGCACGUGGCAUGGAGCUUUUGGUUGCUCAAUCAUAUAGUAAAAAUCUGGGUCUGUAUGGAGAAAGGAUUGGAGCUAUUAAUGUUCUUUGCUCAUCUGCUGAUGCAGCGACAAGGGUGAAAAGCCAGCUAAAAAGGCUUGCUCGACCAAUGUACUCAAAUCCCCCCAUUCACGGUGCUAGAAUUGUUGCCAAUGUCGUUGGAAUUCCUGAGUUCUUUGAUGAAUGGAAACAAGAGAUGGAAAUGAUGGCAGGAAGGAUAAAGAGUGUGAGACAGAAGCUAUAUGAUAGCCUCUCCGCCAAGGAUAAAAGUGGAAAGGACUGGUCAUACAUUCUGAAGCAGAUUGGAAUGUUCUCCUUCACAGGCCUCAACAAAGCUCAG